AUUUUUCGUAGACUUCAGCUUGUAGAAUGAGCGACGCGCAUGCAAGCUCUCACGUGCGCGAUCAAAGUUGUGUGCGAGGUGUUUGACGGAACGGCACAUUUUUAAUAACACAUCACCUGGCUAGCUGUCGUCGUCUCGUGCAUGUCGGAGAGCCUCGGUCAUCGCAAACGGAAUAUCAAACAGCGCGUCCAAGCAUACAUAUAGGACUAUACGCAACGGCGUGAUCCGAUUCCACAACCCGGUCACCUCGUUCGCUCACCACCGGUUGCAUGGACGCGCACAUCGUUCAUGCCCAUAAUAGCGAUUGCCAGCAUCACAUCUGGGCACUUUGACCCACGCCGAGAAGUAUCGUUCGCAGUUAAUCAGCGGAUGACCACAUGCCAGCUAUAUAUAGGCAAUGUCUACGCUGCUUAACCGUGUGCAACGUUACAGAGGACGAAAAGAGCGAAAAUUUUCUUUUCCUAUACCCUAUACCUUUACUCGCUCUCUCGCUGAUGGAAGAAAAUUCGCGAACGCUCUCGUGUGUGUCUGCUCGUUGCACGUCGUUCCAGUUGGACGUUAGUAUAUAUAGGCCUUUUUAAAUAGACGACGGUAAUGCAUCGUGCAAAAGAAAACAAAAAGCACACUGUAAAAAAUGUAUGGUCAAACUGCUGUCACCAUUGUAACAAUGGGUUGCAUUCGACGAUCGGCUGGGACCGGCACACCGGACAAUUAGAUUUUGGAGUCCGGAGUGGUUGAUAGUAUAAAGUAUUGAGGCUUACACUUACAUCUUCAACGUAUAAACGCGAGCGCGCAGCAGAAAGAGAGCACCAGGACCAUCAGCAUCUGAGGGCAUCAUCCGAGUUGGAGUCGAUCGCCGAUCGUCUGAUCCACGGAUUUUGUCAUGCAGGCGCAGAGUAAGUAGUACUUACAUAUAUAGCGUACGUGAAAGCAAAAAGAGCGCAGAUCGGGGGGGAUGUCGUACUUAGUCGAGUUAGUGUGUGCUGCACUUUCAAACCACAAGUUAUGUAUACCUUUUUUCAGUCUUUUUUCAGAACAAUGAAAAGGUAAGUAAAGUAUACCUAUAGUUGGUGAAUCAAACCUCUGCAGGAUCAUUUUUGCUCUGCUGAUCUGUUCCUGAUCUUCCGAGAGGUGUGUGUGUGUGCGCGCGUGCCGCAUGGUUUAUAUAAAUACAGAUAUAUGAGUAAACGUGUAAAUAUACGACCACUACGCUGUGCGCAUAAGGCGCUCAAGCGUGCUGAGUUGCUGUCGUUGCUGACUGUUGCGGGGGUGAGGAAGAGGAGGAGGAGAGAAAAGAACACCCAGAGAGUAAGCCCGUCGACGGUCUGCACGUCUGCAGUAAGUAAGCAGUAGUCUGCUCGUCGAGGUUGUGUCUUGCCCUCUCCUCGCAAAAGACACGGGCAUCGGACAGCGAGUCAUAUAUAUAAUAUACUUACACUUUAUACGUUAUUCUGCUGUGCUCCUUGGGUGCUGUCUGCAUGUAUAUACAUUACGUACAAGCAUCGGGUUCGCGUCGUUCAUCGUCUUCCAUAAACACUACAACACUGUCCACACUCAAGAUUAUUACUUGCACACGACGUUCACCACUAUUCGAUUAUCCUCUCUUCCGUCCGUACACUCGUGUGUGAUUAGUGAUUAUAAUUAAUUCCCGAUCUUCUUCCCUUCGUAACAAGUAUGAUGAUACCAGUACUGCUGAGAGUCGUUGACACAUAAAAAAACAACAAGAAGGAUUCAGCAUAUACCUAUUAUCCAAAAGGGGACAAAAGCGUGUUGUGCACCUUUAAGUAUACCCUUCCUACACCUAUAUUGGAUUGACCUACGAUGCUACUGCACCAGUGACUGAGUUGUGUGUGGAGUUCUGUUAUUUUUGCUAUAGCUAUGUAAGUACAUCUCUUUAUUGAAGAGAGACAAGCGGAAACUGAUUUGUGGGGACUGAGGAGUGUGUUAAGUACCUCGAGGUACCUAUAACACUGGUUUACACGCGACUUUUCGACUUGCUGCUGUUGGCUUGGCUGCCUCGCCUUUCUGGAAAAUAUCAAUUCUCGCUACUGAGUUGUAAGAACAACGAACAACAACAAAGACGACGUAUCUGCUCUUUCUGUGUCUGUGUUUUUAUUUUACGUCGGUUUGUGUGUAUUCGUGUGUAUCGAUACAUUGUGGUCCAGAGGAUGACGUUCGUAUGUGCAGAGUGCCAAGUGCUACUGAGCUCUGUGUGAUAGGUAUCUGCAAUAGUGAGUUAUCAGGGAUUGAAAUAGAGUUGCACUAGUGUCAGGAGUCAAUCUGGUUUUUUUUUUUUUUUUUUUUUAUUUAAAAAAAAAGAAGUUCAAGAGUAUUGGUGCAAGUGACUUUCUAUAUGCUGUUGGUUGGACUUUCAUCGGGUGGCAAUGAUAAACUACUGCUUUUGCUCCUCCCACUGCAGAGCACUGGUCGACAAAAUUUUGGCUGGAGUAUAGUGCCAUCUUCCUGGUACAGAUGUACACUCGCAUAAAAAGGUGACUCCCCAGGCAGCAGCAGGAGAGGCCUCAUCGUGACAUCGGCUGCGGUGGGCAGACAAUGAAAUAGGCCCUCCCAACCCUUCCAUCCUCCCCCAAGCUGCUGCGACUAGGGGAUGCCUAGUCUACACUCGCUCGUCCUUCGACGAGCCGCUCCCAUGGACAUGGGCACCGCUGCUAGUUCCGUAACGACCUCCAGCAAGACCAGCAGCCAAAACAACAAAAGCAACAACAACAACAACAACACCAGCAACAGCAACGACGCGACCAGCAACCAUCACAAGAGAACUGACAAGAUGAGCAGUAGCAGCAGUAAAUUGAGCGGCAUAAGGUUACCCCUGCUGCGCAAGGAGUCCAGCGCGAUCAACUUGUCGCUGGCCGAGCGCUCCUUGAACAAGCACAGCGGCGAGGCGCCCCUUCUCAGGCCCGAGAGCAGUGCCAGCCUGGAGGCUAGUCGAGGUGGCAGCUGGAUGAGCCUGCACCCCUCGGCCCUGAGGAAGUGCGAGACCGCCGUGGGACUGAGUACCCUGGCGCUCGAGGCUGGCCGGCCGAUCAACCGCAGCAGGGUGUGCUCGCGGUGCUCGAGUCUUUUAUCACUGGCGUCGAGCUCGCGGUACAGUUUGGCAGCUGGAAACUUCGUCCCGGCGGCUCAGACCACCUCGCAGACCCACCUCGGGCGUUUUCUCUGCAAGCUCUGCCUAUCGGACGUACCUGUGGCUCAGAUGUUUACUAUUGAAGGCUGUGGAUGCUCCUACUGUAAGGAUUGUAUGCGCGCUUACAUGGAGUUCGAAAUAGAAGUAGGAGCUUACGACAUUAGCUGUCCGGACGCGAAGUGUGAUCAAGACGGUAUGCUUUCGUUGCAAGAAAUCGGCACGCUUGUGAGUCCAGAACUCGUCGAAAAACAUCACAAGUUUCGUCUCAACAGAGACGUUUCGAUGGACAAGGAGCGUGCCUGGUGUCCACGGGCCGGCUGCGAGACGAUAUGCUCAUUGAACAGCGCCGGUGACGGCUCGAGCGGGAGUCCCGGCCCUGUGCACUGUCCCAACUGCUCGACGGACUUUUGCUCGUUGUGCCGCGAGCCCUGGCAUCGGGGACCCUGUCCGGAGCUACCGCUGGGCAUACCCUUCGACAGCGAUCGCAUCAAGUGCUGCCCGAUGUGCUCCGUGCCGAUCGAGAAGGACGAGGGCUGCGCUCAGAUGAUGUGCAAGAGGUGCAAGCACGUCUUUUGUUGGUACUGCUUGGCCUCGUUGGACGACGAUUUUCUGCUGCGGCACUACGACAAGGGUCCGUGCAAAAACAAGCUGGGCCACUCGCGCGCCUCGGUGAUUUGGCACCGGACGCAGGUGAUCGGUAUCUUCGCGGGCUUUGGCUUGUUGUUGCUGGUUGCCUCGCCGCUUCUCUUAUUAGCGGCGCCCUGCAUAGUCUGCUGCAAAUGCCGGGUCUGCGGUUCGUCGCGCCUCGAGCAGGACGAGACGACCGCCGUGGUAGCUGCCGCCUCUGCUGCAUCGUCAGGUGCAGGUGCAACGCAAACGGGAGCUCCGGCGUCAAGCCAAGAAGACACUGGCACGUAAAAUUCGCAGCUCUGCGACAAAGAGUGUCCCUAUUUAUCUUUUAGAUGGGCCCCGGCAAUCAAUGUGGGUUUAUUUUUUCGUUUCUCGUAAAGACGAGCGACAGACCGUAAUGUCGACUGGUAGCUCUUGCUCUUUUUUUUUUAUAUACAUAUAUAAAUAUUUAUGUCGUUGAUCUCAAAUCGGAGAUCUAGAUUCGAUCUCUAAUCGAAGGGGUUGUACAAUUUAUAGGGUCAAAAAUAUAAAGUUAUAUAAAUAUAAUACAUAUAUGUCGGAGGUUAGUGCAGUGAACGAUAAUCGACGACGAUGAUGAAUUUAACGAUCACUGUCGUGUUGUACAUGUAUAUAUUUAUUAUUUUGCGUAUCGUAAGUAAUCGUCGAUUAAUCGGUGUACAUUUUUUAAGGGAAAAAGUAUAACGUUGAGUAAUUUGAAGGGUGAAAAAUAUUAAUUUAUAAGAUGCUGAAAAAAAGUGACUAUCCGUUAGCGUUUCAUACACUGUGAUUAUUUUUAAUUAAUAAUAAUGUUUAUGUUAAGUUUUUCUUUUUUUUCUUUUUUUUUUUCUAACAUAAUAUAAAUUCUGAUUAGUUACACAAUGUUUUCAAAAAAGCACAUGGACAAACUUAUUUUGUUUUAAAAUGAUUCUCGAUUGAAAAUAACCGUUAAAGCGAUGGAAAAAAAAACCAACACGAACGACGCGCUGAAAGAGCUGCGUGUGUCAGAUAAUAAAAAUUCGGAUGACUUCCUUUUUUCCCAAGAGGUGCUCACUAUUUGCUUCAAAAGAGAAAGAAAAAAAAAUUCAAGAGUGUCCUCGCUAGUUUUUAAGUAACAUGAGACUAGCUAAGCGAGAGAUCAAGUCAACUCUCAGAUGUGUACUGGGUACUACUUAUUAUUGCUUUUCUUGUUUGCUGAUAAAAUUAGAAUGCCGUUUCACGCGUUGCGUAACUAUGAGUAUAACUGCGAUGUUAAUUGGUUUUUGAAAUCAUCAUAAUGUUAAAAAAAACGAAGAAAUAAAAUGUAUACAUUCCUUGAAAUUAAAUCCAUCGAGAUUUCGAGAUUUCAAAUAAUGGUUGUAAAAUAUAGUGGAGGCAUGAGGACGAUGUUUAUAAUGAAAACUUUGAAUUUUUCAUUUGACGGCGCAGUUUCUACUGAGAAAUCUUCACGGUAUUCCAUAACACAAAAAUGUUGAAGUUUUUUCCAUGAUGUGCGCCCAGGAUCAAGAAAUGCGUUUUAAAAUAUUUAUUUACAUGACGAAAUGGGGAUGUAGAAAUGCAUUUUUAUAAUUGUGCAUGAUAUUGACGAUACAGACCCUAAAAAAAAUAGUAUUAAUUAUCGAUGUAUUUUGAUGAGAAUGAAUGUAAUUAACGGACAAAACUGAUUAGUGAUAAAUAUUGUGUAUGUUAUUUUAGCUCAGAGAUAGUAAGCUGUGACGUUAUGAUUUAUUAUGAAUUUUACGUUAAACAUAAUUUCAUUUCUCUUUAGUCAUCUGUUAUUGUUUACGAUAAUAUAUGUAUUAUGUAAUAUGUAUAUUAAUAAACAAUUACAUUACGGCUUUUAGCCUUGCUCCAUCCUUGUUGCUCGGCUGGAGCCCGUGCAAUGAUCGGCGAAUAGGUAGAUAAUUAUCUGGCACUCAGCGGUCUUACAGUUGAAAAAAAGCGUAAAUUAAAAAGACGUAAAGAAUAAUUUACAGCAAAAAUGUAUGAUUAUCAGUUACAGCAGCAUCACCGUUGUAGCAUUGACGCGCUUGUGGGAGCUGGCCAGACGAUAAUUCUGUACAGUCUCUAAAACCUGCAAAUGAUUUUUAUUUAAAUAAAUUUUUCAUCUAUCGCCAAA